GAAUUUGGCCAUAAGAAUACUUCUGUUUUUCAACACCUGUUCAUUCUACCCAAAAUGUCUAUUCAACGUAUCCCAUACGAUGCACCUCGAGCCGACUUCGUCGCCGCACUCGAAAAAGACGGAUGCGUGAUUGUCACCAACUUCACUACUUCAUCUGUCUUAGAAAAAGCUCGGAGUGAAGUGCAGCCUUAUCUGGACGAAGGGUCACCCAACAGUACAGUAGGCGCAUUGAAUGGAGCAACAAAAACAUGCACCCGCCUCAUCGGACGCAGCAAAACAGUCAGGGAGAAAUUCUUCAGCGAUCCUUUAUACCAAGACAUGACAACGCGCUUCCUCUCCCUAACGACAACAUGUUACUACAACAGUACUCCAUCCACAAACACAUGCCCACCUCUCCUCUCCAUCAGCAUAACAAUGGACUCACGACCCGGUACCUCCUCCCAAAAGCUUCACCGCGACGACAAAAACCACCAUGCGCGCCACACUGCAGCAUCUAAAUACACGCCUAACCGCGAUCUCCUCCUCGGUCUCUUCGUCCCCGACUGCGACACGACCCGUGCAAACGGCGCCACGCGCGUCGUACCCGGUUCGCAUCUUUGGGGUGACGAUGUACCUGACUUCGACGCAGCGCAGGUUGUGGAUGCUGAGAUGAAGCAGGGCGAGGCGUUUAUGAUGUUGGGGAGUUUGUAUCAUGGUGCUGGGGAGUAUAGUUUACGAGAGGGGAAUCGCAUGGUGCAUAUCAUGUUUUGUUGCUGUGGGAACUUGAGGCAGGAGGAAAUCAGUUAUUUGUCGUAUGGGAUGGAGGAGGUGAAGGGGUAUAGUGCGUUGGUGAGGGAGAGGCUGGGGUGGGUGCAGAGUGAGCCGAAUUUGGGCUGGGUGGAUUUGAAGGGUCCGGAGGCUUUGUUGGGGUGA